UGUGUGUGUUAUAAGGGUCCUCUGAUGAAUGUUUCAUUGUGGAUCCAGAUGAAGUAUUGAAGCGUGUGAGAGGGGAUUUGGGACGGAGGCUAUCACACCCUCAUCAUGUGAUGUUAGUAUGAGGACUGGGAUUACCGUAAAAAAAAUACUUAAACUCUGACCCCCUGACGUGGUUAAUCACAUACCAGUACACUAACUAUGAUUCACAUAUACCAGUACUCCAACUGAAACACAGAGCUGCUAAGGACAUAUUCUGCUGCAUGACAUUCAUGGUUAUUCUAUAAACAUACAUUUCUAUAUGAAUGUUCUGUAAAGUUGCAUCUUCCUGGAUACUCCUGUGGGUGAUAUGGGGCCCAGUUAGAGUGGAUUGAGAGCUGAACUGGUAUGGCAGUUAGCAGGAAGGCCUGCCCCUGUGGAGGUGCUAGCAUGCAGUUCCUCUGUGUGUCCAUGAGGUGGAGCUGCUGAGCCAUGGAUGACUUCACUACCAAUGACUUCACCACCAGAACAUAUGGCACCAGCGGCCUUGACAACAGACCUCUGUUUGGAGAAACCUCUGCUCGGGACAGAGCCAUUAACCUGCUGGUCGGAGGACUGAUAUCCCUGCUAGUUCUAGUAACAGUGAUCAGUUCAUUCCUGUUCCCCUCGUUGCCUCCCUGGCCGCUCAACGUCUUCUUGGCUUUCUGUAUCCUGCUGACCUGCGGCUCGGCCAUGGUGCUGAUUGUCUGGUACCGGCAGGGGGACUUGGAGCCGAAGUUCAGGAAGUUAAUAUACUACAUGCUGGCCUCCAUCAUGCUGCUGUGUCUCUGUGCCAACCUGUACUUCCACGACGUGGGUAGAGGGACGUGAGACUGGACAUGCCUUAGUCACCCUCACUGCCACACAUGGUCACUGACUGGACUAGUGGGACCAGGAGGACCAGGAGGAUGGUUGACCUGCCCAGGACCAGUUCCGGGAAGGGGGGGGGGCACAUUCCACACAAGCACAAAAAGGACAGACGGUUUCCAGACUAGUGACUGUCCACCAAUCGUAGUCAAGUGACUGUUUCUACUCCACCAAUCAAAGGCGCUGCACAGAUCAUCUGACCACUCAGCUCUGCACAGCAAAGACCUUAGGAUGGUUCAGACAAUUUGUUUCUUUUUUAUUUAAUAUUUUAUGCAAUAAAUAAUCCUGUCCUGUCUGGCCUGUGAGUUGUUGUCCUGCACCUCUGUCAUAAAUAAUCCUGUCCUGUCUGGCCUGUGAGUUGUUGUCCUGCACCUCUGUCAUAAACCUUGUUUAUACCUGGCG